UCCUGUCACGCAUUACCGGCGACGUAGGAUGCGCGAAUUCAUGGAGGAAUAAUUUUGCGUUGCCUAGUAUAUUUAUUUCCCACCAUGUCAGCGGGCAUGAGGCUCGUGAACUUGCACAGACUUUGCCACCGAUAUUUUAGAGCUACACGGCCGGUUGUAGCGAGUUUGUAUCACACGCAGCGUGGAGUUUAUGGGUACCGACCGAAAGAAAAUCAGGAUAAAGACGCUGAUCUUCAGCAACUCUCCGCGCUCAACCAAGAUCACGGCCUGGCGCGAUUGGUGGAGGCCUACAGAGCACAUGGACACAAAGUGGCUAAAAUUAACCCGUUACUUCCUAAAGCUCCUGUCCUGGAGAGCGUGCCAGAGAUCAGUAUUCUACAUGGAAGUAUCAAAGGACUACUCAACACUACUGGAUUGCGGCAUUUUGGGAAAUCUGAGGCGACCGCUGAAGAGGUCGUGUCCUACCUGGAGAGAACAUACUGUGGGGGAAUCUCAGUGGAAACCAGUCAGCUUCAGACCUUACAGGAAAGGGAGUGGGUUGCUGACCGCUUUGAAGAGCUCAAGAAAGAAACUUUCUCUCCAGAGGAGAGGAGACAGCUGGCCAAACUGAUGCUUGAAUCGCAGGAAUUCGACCACUUUUUAGCAACUAAGUUUGCCACUGUGAAACGUUAUGGAGGCGAAGGAGCAGAGAGCACGAUGGGAUUUUUCUACGAGCUGUUUCGCUCUGCGGUGUACAGUGGAGUGACAGAUGUUAUCAUGGGCAUGCCUCACCGCGGACGCCUCAACCUGCUCACUGGACUACUGCAAUUCCCUCCAGAGCUGAUGUUUCGUAAGAUGAGAGGUCUCAGCGAGUUUCCAGAGAAUUCUCCCUCUAUCGGAGACGUGCUCUCUCAUUUGACCUCUACGGUGGAGCUGGAUUUCGGAGCGGGACACCCUCUCCAUGUCACUAUGUUACCCAACCCCUCCCACUUGGAGGCGAUCAACCCCGUCACACAGGGAAAGACUCGUGCCCGACAGCAAGUCAAACAGGAUGGGGACUACUCCAGUGAUCCUCACUCACAGCCAGGGGACAAAGUCAUAUGCCUGCAGGUUCACGGUGAUGCUUCAUUUUCAGGCCAAGGCAUUGUAACUGAGACCUUUACCCUGUCAAACCUCCCCCAUUAUAGAGUUGGUGGAAGCAUCCACCUCAUAGUGAACAAUCAGGUGGGCUACACCACUCCCUCUGAGAGGGGGCGAUCAUCUCUCUACUGCAGUGAUGUUGGUAAAAUGGUGGGAUGUGCAAUAAUCCAUGUAAACGGGGACGACGCCGAGGAUGUGCUCAGAGCGACUCGGCUGGCCGUUGAGUACCAGCGACGCUUCAGGAAAGACGUUAUUGUGGAUCUUCUCUGUUACCGUCAGUGGGGUCACAACGAGCUGGACGAGCCAUUUUUUACCAACCCUGCCAUGUAUAAAAUCAUCCGGUCCAGAAACAGUGUCCCAGAUUCGUAUGCAGACCUGCUGAUCUCUGAGGGUCUGAUGACGGAAGAAGAGCGUGGUAAGAUCAAGACCUCCCAUUUCACCAUGCUCAACGACCGGCUGAACAACAUGACCCUCUACACCCCUCCACCAACAAACCUGCAGGGUCGUUGGGGCGACCUGGUGGAGCCGCAGAACAGAGUCACAUCCUGGGACACCGGCGUAGCGCUUCCCCUGCUACAGUUUGUAGGCGCCAAAUCGGUAGACAUACCGGAUGAGAUUCAGCUGCACAGUCACCUAAGGAAGACACAUGUGCAGGCACGGCUCCAGAAACUGGAAGAGGGUACGAAACUGGACUGGUCCACAGCUGAAGCUUUGGCGUUUGGCUCAUUGCUGUGUCAGGGAUUCAACAUCCGUAUCAGCGGUCAGGACGUGGGCCGGGGAACUUUCAGUCAGCGUCACGCUAUGGUUGUAUGUCAGGAGACCAAUGACAUGUAUAUACCCCUCAAUCACAUCAACUCUCAACAGAAAGGUCACUUGGAGGUAUGUAACAGUGCUCUGUCUGAGGAAGCUGUAUUAGGGUUUGAAUAUGGGAUGAGCAUCGCUCUGCCUAAACUGCUGCCAAUUUGGGAAGCUCAGUUUGGAGAUUUUUUCAACGGCGCACAGAUCAUUUUUGAUACUUUUCUGUCUGGAGGUGAGGCUAAAUGGCUUCUGCAGAGCGGACUGGUGAUCUUAUUACCACAUGGGUAUGAUGGGGCCGGACCCGAGCACUCGUCCUGCCGAAUCGAGCGUUUCUUACAGCUCUGUGAUAGUAAAGAGGAAGGUGUGGAUGGUGACACUGUGAAUAUGGCGGUUGUGAACCCGACCCUACCGGCACAAUACUUCCAUCUCUUGCGAAGACAAAUGAUUAGAAACUUCCGGAAACCGCUGAUUGUGGCCUCUCCUAAAACUUUGUUGCGGUUCUCUGGGGCAGUGUCAAGCUUAGCUGAUAUGGGACCGGGAACUUCAUUCAAGCCUGUCAUUGGUGAUUCCUCUGUAGACCCAACAAGUGUUCAGAGGGUUCUGGUGUGUUCAGGUAAACAUUACUACGGUCUGCUGAAACACAGAGAAACGUUACCAGAAGCAGUGAAAAACACGGCUAUUGUCAGGGUGGAGGAACUGUGUCCCUUUCCCACAGAUGCUCUACAACAGGAACUCAACAAAUACAAAAACGCCAAAGAGUUUAUCUGGAGUCAAGAGGAACCACAGAACAUGGGUUGUUGGUCAUUUGUCGCACCAAGAUUCGAAAAACAGCUGGCUUGCAAGUUGAAGUUAGUGAGCCGACCUGCACUGCCAGCCCCCGCCGUGGGCAUCGGGACUCUCCACCACCAGCAACAUGAAGCCAUCCUGAACUCUUCCUUCUCCUGAUAGGACAGAUCCUACAACCAUAAACCAAAACAAUCUUUUGCUACGAAGGCUAUCAAUACACUAAAAGAUUACCUAAACACUAAUUGUUCAGGCAACAAAGACAUUUUGCAGGUACCCACUGGAGAACAAUGUUUACCAAACAUUUCUUACCAAUAUCCAAAUUGGUGUAUACCCAAUACUCUUUUAUGAUGGAUGAUUUGGACUAGUCUGUAGCAGCAAUACAGAAGCAAAAAUGUAAAGCAUAGACUGUAUACUAGUGUACAGUGUGUAUGAAUUUUUAAAGCACUUUUAAGUCAAUUAGAUACAUGCAGGAGCACUGUCUUUUAAACUGUAGAUAGACUCUGGUUUUAAACCAUUAAGUGUUACAGAAGUUAUAGUUUGACAAAGACACAAAGUUUGGCACGUGAUCAAAACUUUAAUGCAUUAAAUGUUGUUUGAAUGCAAGUCAUUGAUGGCUGCAGGAUUUAUUGACUCCUAUCAGAUGAAUGUCGGUACAUCAGUAAUGUUUACAACACAAAAUAUUAAGCACAAAGUGACUCAUAACAUACAGGAUGGUAUUACAAACAGUAAUAGUUGUAUAUCAGUAAGUAGUGUAGUGUAUAGAUGACAUACCCAUCUAAGACCUUUAUUUUCUGUGAAAUUCAGUAGUGAUACUGGGUGGAUAAAGCUGAAUUUGUAUUUCACUCAUUCAUUCUAAUGGAAAAAAUAAAAUUCAAUGAUUUAAA